AUGAGAGAGGCCUAUGGGAGAGAGGCAAGUGAGACGAGCGAGGAGGGGGGGGGGGGGGGGAGAGGGGGGGGGGGUGGGAUGGGGGGGGGGGAGGUGUAUGGUGGGGGGGGGGGGGGGGUUGGUGGGGGUUGGGAUGUGUUGUGGGUCUUUUAUUUUAUUUGUGGUGGGGUGUUGGUGGGGUGGGGGGGGUUGGGUGGGGGGGGGGUGGGUGGUGUGGGGUGUGGUUGGUUUGUGUGA